GCGCGGGUGGCUUGGAGCGCGUGGGCUCCGAACCGCUGAGGCUCCGCCAGGCAGUUGCGGAAGCGACUGACUGCCAGGACCUCCUGCCUUGCGCAGCUGGGCGUGGAGCAGGCGACGGCGAGUGCCGCGGUGUGGGCGAGCGGGCUGAGUGGCCCCGCAGCCUCCCGACCCGGCCAUGCUGCGCUGGCUGCAGGGCUUCGUGCUGGAGGCGGUGGCCUGCCAGGAUGACGAUGACUACUUACGCUACGGGAUCCUCUUCGAAGACCUGGACCACAACGGGGGCGGCGUGGCGGACAUCGUGGAGCUCCAGGUGGGGCUGAGAAACUGGAGCUCCGCGUUUUACCCGAACUCCGAUGAGCAACCUCUGCACCAUGAGAGCCAAGUGGAGGAAGAAGCGAAUGCUCAGGCUAAAGCACAAAAGAAGAAAGAUGAGGCAGAGGUCCAAGUAAACCACUAGCUUGUUGCACCGUGGAGGCCACAGGAGCAGAAAUAUGGAAUGCCAGAUGCUGGGGAUGCUGGUACAAGUUGUGAGACUGCAUGCUACUUUCUAGAGCUUGUUUCAGUGGACCUAGAACUUCAUUGCCAUCUGAUCGCCAAUCACCUCUGAGACCCACCUUGCUCAUAACCAGAACUGCCCAUGUUGUUCUUUUGCCCUAGACCUGUGACAUUCUGGACUAUUUCUGUGUUUACUUGUGGCCAAGUGUAACAACCAUACAAUAAAUCACUUCUUCUGCUGUCAGCUGAAGAA